CUUACUGCCCUCCAUUGAUAAUUCCGUCACCUAACAGCACACAGCUUCAGCAUAUCCCUUUACCCAGGUUCUAGCUGCGUCGUUUGGCUUGGCUUUUGAACCGAGCCCUGCUACGUUUCCUCUCUUGAAGAGCUUUUUGUGUUGGCUCGUUUUCUGGAUAUGGCGGCAGCCAUCCUCUACUCGCUGGCGUUUUUCGCCACGGCAGUCGUCCACGAGUCACCUCAUCCUGUUGUCAGCGAACUGCGUAACCUCGUCUUCGUCGCCUUCGUUUUCGCCAGAGCUCUUCUCGGUUUCGCAGCUGCACUGAUCUUCCGAGCCGCCCAUUUGCCCUCGUGUCAUUCGGCCACGUGUCAUUCUGCCACGUGUCGUGGCGGUUGCAGCAUCCCAUCAACUCCUGAAGCCUCCGUUUUAAGAUUUCCUGCUGCUUCCGAGCCUUGUACGCCAGCUUCCAAGCCUCGAGGUUCGGAUUUACGACCCGCGUCAGGUCAGCGGAAUGUCCCGACCAGCCGUGUGAGCUUCCGCCGCUCACACCCGCUAUUGUCACGCUCAUUAGUGCCACGCCCGUCAUUGGGAGAGAAAGCAGAAGAUGGAGGACUGCGGCUGCGACGCGCUAAGAUGGCCUGUCGCAGUAUAGCGGAGGCGGCUCUGUAUCGCGUAUUGCUGAGCUGUCAGGGGCAGGAGCGACGGAGACUAGGUAUCGGGAGAGAACAAAAAAGGAGGCUUCGGGAUGCAGGCGAUAGGGAAGGAGGAAGGAGGAGGAGGAUGUCAGGUGUGGUGGUGGAAGGGGAGGGAGAGGCAGAGAAGGGGCAGGAGAAGGAUCACGACUUGACGGGUCGAAGGGAGAAGCCACAGGGAUCGUCGAUGGCUGUUGAGGUGCAAAGGAGAGAUAUCGCCGCGGAAGAAGAAGUGUCUGGUUACGGUAAGAUGAAGGGUAACUCAGGGUGGAAUCUGGAGGGAGAGCACUUGGGAGAGGAUGAGAACAAGGAGGUGGUGAGUGUGGAGCUGAGGAGAGGAGGGAUGGAGGAGGAGGAGGAGGAGGAGGAAGAGGAGGAGGGGGAUGAGGAGGAGGAGGGAAGCAGAGGAGGGAUGGUGACGCUGCGCAAGGCUUUGGAAGGGAAGGAGAGAGGCACUCCUCGGAACACGAGCAAGAGAGAUUUCGGAGAGAGAGAGAGGGGCGAGGAGCGUCGAAAUCCGUCACCGGCGGGGUUUGAUUGUUAUAGCGCGGACGGGGCUGGCAAUCGGCGUGGAAGCUUGGUUGAGGGCUCAUGCGAUUGGUCGCCGUGUGCCUCCCAGCAGAAGCCUCUCUUUCUCCCAGACUUGCGUGACGCCUCCCCGUACAUUCACAGUCACGGCAGCGAUGCGGAGAUCUCAUACUGUCACAGCAGUCACGAGAAGGGCUCUAGCCGUUUCAAAAGCCAUGAGACGCCACCACAUGCCUGGCAACUACACCCUCACACCCAAAACCAUCUACACUCUCCGUUUUGCCCGCUCUCCCUCGCGCCUCACCAACCCUCCUACCGUUCCUCUCUCCGAACCUGCCGACGAGCCUCUUCCCGGGCUUCUCGCCGAACCUCGCUUGACAAUGAGCUUUUUGUCCAAGGCGAAGAGGAGGAGGAGGAGGGGGAGGAGGAGGAGGAGCAAGAGGAAGGCAAGGAGGGGGAGGAGAGGCAGGAGGACGAUUUGCUGGUUCUGCGCCGCGCCUUGGAGCACGAAACGGAGCUCUCUGAUUCGCUGCGCCGCGAGCUGGAGCAGGAGCGGGCGGCGGCAGACAGCGCCGCCCAGGCGAGCAUGGAUUUGAUUCACCAGCUGCAACAGGACAAAGCUUCCGCCCAGCGUGCGGCCGGCAGCGCCGCCCAGAGAGAGCGGAUUUUGGAGCAGAAGGUGUUAUCUGAUAAGGAGGAGAUGGAGGAGUUGAGAGCGGUGCUAGAGAGUCAAGAGGAGGAGGUGGGGUUGCUGAGAAGAUUGCUGGAGCAGAAGCAGGAGGAGGUUAGGGCUCUCGAAGCUGAGCUGGCACUGUGGAGAGGACACGUGGCAGGAGCUGAUUGGCUUGCGGAAGUGGAGGAGGACGGUGCGGAGGAGGGAAGUGUGGAGGAGGGAAGUGUGGAGGAGGGAAGUGUGGAGGAGGGAAGUGUGGAGGAGGGCAGUGUGGGGGAGGGCAGUUGUCUGGUGGGGGUGGAGGACUUGGAUGCACCACUACUGGGAGAAGAGAGUGGAUCAGGGGGGAGGGAUGAGGCGGGUUUGGGGGUCGAAGGGAUAGAGGAGGGAGGGGAUGAGAAGGAAGUACGGCAAGGGGAGGAAUGAUGGGUGGAUAAAGGAGACAGGCAGAGGGGAAUGGUAGAAAUUGGUAACGCAGAGCAUGCCCUACGUUACGUAGUGUAGUGGAUAGGAAUUUGCUCUAUUUUGUGCAAUUACUGUACCAUACCGUAGUAGGCUUGGCUAAAUGUACAGAAUCAAAUGUAGGUUUAUGGGAUUGGUUCGUUAUGACAAGGCUGAUGGGAUCUGAAAUUAG